GUUGCUAACUUUAGCUUAUUUAGUUAGCCACAACGUUCGCUAGCACGUUGACCCGACAGGACAAGCUUGAGGAACGGUUUAUAACGUAGCUGCGUACCUUUAGAACCCAACCUGAAAUCAUACAAUAGUAACGGCAACGUUGACCUACUUUACCAUCUGGUAGCUAACCGAAGUUAAUAAAAAUGAUGGAUGCACUUUCGGUGGUGAGUCAGCUGCGGGACCUGGCAUCUGAACCCCAGAACCGAGAGGUGAUCGUCCAGGAUCAGGGCUGUCUUCCCGGGUUGGUUCUCUUCCUGGACCACCAGAACACAGACGUGCUAUUUGCAACUCUUCAGACCCUGCGAUACUUGGCUGAGUUGUCUCCUAACAUCCCCACCAUGAAAAAUGAACUGGGUAUGAUGGUGAGCUUGGAAGAUGUAAUUGUAAGGCACGGCCUGUCUGUUGACAUCACAUCCUUGGCCCAGGAGGUGUAUGGUAUUCUGAAUGCACCUGCAAAACCUACCCCCCGCACACCCGAGAGAGAGAGGAGAAAGAAGCCCCAGUUCUUUAUCAACUCCUCUCAAAAGAAGGCCAAGUCUGUCACUCUGCACAUCAAGGGCCUGGACAGCACUGACCAGCGGAGCUUGUGUGAGGAGGCUCUUUUGAAGGUCAGAGGAGUGAUCAGCUUCACCUUCCAGAUGGCUUCCAAGAGAUGUACCGUCCGCAUCCGUUCAGACCUGCCCACUGAGAGUUUGGCAUCAGCCAUUGCAGCCACUAAGGUGAUGUCGGCCCAGCAGGUGGUGAAGAAUGAGGCGGGGGAAGAGGUCUUGGUCUCUCUGAACUCAUGUGGAGUGGAAGUCCAGAAAAACGCAGCUAUACCAGACUACCUCCCAGAAGAAGAGGAGAGCCCAGAGAAGGAGAAGGACCGAGCUAUUUCCCGCACCACAGCUAAGGAAGAUUCCAGUGGAAGCUGGCUCAACGCUGCUGCCGGUUUCCUCACCAAAACGUUCUACUGGUGAUACUGCUGCAGUUUAAAUCCCAGAGUUCCAGUGGCACAGAGUUGUGCUAAAAUGGCUGGACUACAACUGCUGUGUAUAUAACUAGAAUGGACCUUACUGGAAGUUAGCACACUGGCUAACAUCCUGGCUUUGUGUGUGUGGACUUCAUCAUUUGUUGUGGAAAACUAGAAAUGACCCAGAUGUGCUUAAGCUCUUAUGGUUAACUAGUUGAAUAGAGGAUCACACACUUGAAAGUAUAUUUUGUUUUUGGACUUUCAUAUGCUGAUUUCUAUCCACUAAUUUCAUAAAGUGUAAAUAUUUUCUUAUUCUUCCCUUUUCUCUACAUGUAAGAAAAACAAGUUUAAAGGCUGUUUCUACUUCGAUGGAAAAGUAUUUUCUGUAAAACUGUUGGUAGUUAUUUUGGUUUGUGCUGAAAUAAAUCUGCUACAUGUU